AUGAGCAUGGAGCCGGAAGACGAUUAUUUGCCAAGUCAGGAGGACCUAGGAGACCAUGACCUUGAGGACCUCGAAAAGUCACCAAAACGGCAAAGAACCCAACACCAGAGAUCGCAUUCUGCUUAUUCCGUCGCAUCGUCUAGCGACAAUGAAAAUGGCACAGACGAAGGCCGCCCAAGACACAAGCGACGGGCGCAAAAUGAGAUCGUGGAGCCAGUUCUCAAGCGUCACAAAGGCGUCUUCAACAACAACUACUUGGAUCUCUUGAAUGAGGAAAUUCAAGAUGUCGUUCAUCAGACGACUGUCGGAAGAGACGAUGAUAUGCCACCUUCGCAGAUUGGCCUGACAACUUGGACCUCAUACGAGAAGAAGCUCUUCUUCGAGGCCCUCUCAAGACUUGGCAAAGACGAUUUACCGGGUAUCUCGGCCAAGAUCCAGAACAAGAGUGAAAUUGAAGUCCGCCAGUACAUUCUUCUUCUGCAAGCGGCCGUCGAGGGAAGGGACAAGGAGCAGGACGGAGGCAACAAGCCAAUACAUUUAGCAGACUACCCUGCAGCCCUCGAAAUCAGUCCGCUGUGCUGCCACGCGCUCGACGAAGCGGCCGACGCGCUCUCUUUCCGCCAGGAACGGCACGAGGAGAUUGUCGAACAGAAGAAGUGGGGUGAGUGCUGGAACAUCAACCUGGAGCUCGCGAAACGCAUCGAAGGCGACCACGGCCUGGAAAAGGACCCGACGUUUGCGAGCGAUCAUGGGCUGGCAUUCACUGAGGUCCUUCGGGUGAAGAGUUUCCUUCGACUUCCCGAGCACAUCUUCAUGAACGCAUCCAACGCCGAGAAUAACUGGCAGUACGUCAGUGAGGAGCCGCCGACGAUCAGGGCGACGGCACUGCAGGACUUCCACUCUCUUCUCGUCUCUGUCACCAAGAAGAUCGUCCUCACUACACUGUUUAUUGCGCAAUCCCGGAUCCGGGCCAAGAAGCACGUUGAACCGUCCACGAGGAACCUGGUCAGACGCAAGGAUGUUGAGGCGGCAGUUGCGUCGUUGGGAAUGAAGCAGAACAGCGAUGAGUUCUGGACGACAUGUGCACGGAGGCUACGACUCGAGGUCUAUGAUGACGAUGCCGAAGAUGUUGGGGACGACGAGGACGAAGAGCCGAUGUCAUACGACCGCGUGGAGAGCAUUCUACGGAGCGGAUCGGACUCCCUCGAGUCCCCCAUUACCGGCGAAACCUCCCCGACGCCGCAGAUCAAAUUCGAGAAAGACGAAAUGUCGGCCUCGGCAGACGAUGAAGACUCCGUCUCUGGAGAAUCGAGUGAUGAGGCGCCUGCAAUCAUGGACGACGCAGAACGCGAGGUUGUCGAGGAGGCCAAGGAGGUACUCGUCUACUCCGCCUACGACUUCCCCGAGACACACCGCACGAGAGAAGCUUUGAAGAACAGGAUCAGGAACGAGCUGGCGCAGGAAGCGUACGCAGAGGCUGAAGAUGCAAAGGCGAGCCGCGAGUGCGAGUCGGAUAUGUGGCGGCUCCUGCAGCGACAACCCCCAGAGCCUUUGAUCACGACGCAGACCGGAGAGCCUACUAGACAGGUAGCCAGAGGGGUGGAGGACCUCUACGAUGUCGGGCGGCGGUGGAGGGAGAAAUUAGUGUAUCACAGCGAGUGGGAAAUGCUCGGCACGUCUCAGCUCCAGGACAAGGCAUGA